AUGCACCAAUCACAAUCCGAGGAGGAUCUGGAGGUGAAGCUAUUGGAUAAUGCAAAGGCCUCGGUGUCGACCUUGCUCUACCCUGAUGAGAUUGAUGGAAUAGAUGGGAACGGCAUGUUAGAAAAUAUGGAGGAACGACAGGAUGAUGACCUCUUUGCGUCCAUUCUGGAUUCCUCCGUUUCCUCAGAGCCAUUCUUUAAUGAAAAUUUCGUAGAAAACUCAGCCGAAUCAACUUCUGCCUUAACAGUAAGAGAAUCAACUUCCCUUCAUCUACCUCAGGUAGAUGGUGCUGAUGACACACGGGCAAAACGAGUCAACCGGAGAACUCGAAGACGUCGCCUAGGACUUCGCUUGAUGCCCAGGCAUACGCACUCCUUGGUUAGCUCCCCUCAUUCGUCAUCCAUCAAUAGUGCUUCAGAAGCGAAAUUAUCCACUCCUCUUCGCGAACGCCGCAACAACAUGACCUACAUCAUCGAUAAUGACGAUGUUGAGGAAGGAGAGGAUGUUGAUUCCUCUUUAGUGUUGAGGUUUCCCCCUGAAGCAUCACAAGUCCUAGAGGAUGAGGCGCAAAACGUGGAGGCGAUCAAGCCUCUUCCGUGUCAUUUGGGUGAUACUGAUUUUGCUCUCCAUUCCUCGGUCUACCUCACCCUCCGAGAUCCACCGGCUCCACCUUCUUAUUGUCAAGUGGAGGCAGAAAUGAAUCUACUCAAGACAGAUUCUCCUCAACCAGUCACUGUGUCUGCACCAUCAGCUGAUAAGCUGGAAAUCGAUUUGUCAGCCUCAUUGAGUAUCCUCUGGUCCCAGGAAGAGCAUCAGAGGAGGAUGAAUUCGUGCACUGGCAACUCAAGAUUAAUAUCGUCUUCAUCUUCCUCAUCAUCCAAUCCGAUUGGUAGAAGGGCCUUCCUUCCUGUUCAGGUGAGGGAGAAUUGUUAUCUCGACUUUUCAUGUCGCAUUGAUUUCCUUACUAUUGCCGAUCUACAGUUGGUGUUGCUGAUGGUUGAGGUGGCUAAAAGACACUACAAAUCUUCAGCAGAUUGUGACAAGGCUUGCGACAUGCGCACUGGCUAUUUUACUAAAAUUCAGGAGAAUCACUGUACCUUGGCGUCCCUAGAAGUCCUCUGUCAUAUCCGUCGUCAAGCUGGAUCUCCCACCGCUAUUCAUCGCACCAGUCAAGCUAUUUCAAUCUCUAGUUUAGGUGGGUUCUUUGCUCCUAACCCUCAGUUGGACUGCAUUUUGGCGGCUUCCUUGGCAUUCUCAUCGUCUGUCUCUCCAACUUACCUCCUUGUUGUCGUGGAGCCUCAGAAACCUCCACUUUCUCUUCCCAUUUCUCACCGGCGGUCAACACUUCCAGCACUGAUUAUCUGUAAUAGUGAAAUAGACCUACUUAACUGGAUUAUCUACUUGAUUCAGAGUUUUGAUCCGGACAUCUUACUCGGAUACGAUGUGGAACGAUGGUCAUGGAACUAUGUGGUUCAACGAGCUGCAAGGAUCGGGCGUGUAGGAUUUCUGCGUGAUAUUUCACGGCUCGCUCCAGAGCACCUAAGCUGUCCCUUUUGUCUUGACUGCAUGUCAAAAUGCUCAGGUCUCGUUCCUGGCGAUCGACUUUUCGUCUCUAGUGUUUCCUCCUCAUGCUCCUGCAAUGCUGAUGUUGGCAGCUCGCGCACCCGGCCUUCCUUUUCUGCAUGGCCUUGCGAACCGGGCCGCGGGCGCUCAGAUGCUCCUUUUGCCUGCCCUGGUCGCCUAGUUUUCUCUCUCUGGCAUCUCCUCAAAUAUGAGGUGUGUCUUCACUUUUUGCCUCACUGUCCCGAGAUUUCCAUUUUUGACCAUCGUAAAGUAUACUGCUUCGCCUUAGACUUGAAAUUCUGCUGUUUUUGA